AUGCAGAGCCACCGCCCCGCCCCCGAAGACCACGUCCGAGAAACAAGCCCAAGCGCACGCGCCCAACAAACAACCAUCAGGGGCCACGCGGCGGCGACGGCGACGGCGACGACCGCGGCGCGCGCCAGACGCUCGGCAUCCAUGUCCGUUCCCUCCGCCGGUGCCAAGGAGCCCCCUAGCCCGCCCCCGCCCCCGCCCACCGAGGCCGGGCGGACGCGGCUCCGGGACGAGCAGCUGCGGCAGCUCCGCGAGCUAUUCCUCCGCUUCGACCUCGACGGCGACGGCAGCCUCACCAUGCUCGAGAUUGCCGCGCUGCUCCGCUCGCUCGGACUCCGCCCCGCCGCGGGGGACGAGAUCCACACCCUCAUCGCAUCCAUGGACAUCGACGGCAACGGAACCGUCGAGUUCGAGGAGCUCACCUCCUCCCUCUCGCAGCUGCUCCUCGGGCCCUGCCGCCCCUCCGUCGCCGUCGACCACGAGCAGCUCGCCGAGGCCUUCCGCGCCUUCGAUCGCGACGGCAACGGCUACAUAUCCGCCGCCGAGCUAGCGCGCUCCAUGGCGCGCAUGGGCCACCCCAUUUGCUACGCCGAGCUCACCGACAUGAUGCGCGAGGCCGACACCGACGGCGACGGCUCCAUCAGCUUCGAGGAAUUCACUGCCAUCAUGGCCAAGUCCGCCGUCGAGUUUCUUGGCCUCGCCGCCUUGUGAAGGGAUUCCGACGCUUACACCUCCGCUUAGAGCAUCGAGGAAUUCUUCUCCGCCUGUAAAUUAGCUCAUUUCCCCUUCUUUUCACGCGUCGGAUUUGCUAUGCACGUAAUUAAAUUGAAUUGGCUGUAUUAUUUAUGUCAUUGUAAAUAUGAUAUA